CCCAGCCCCAGCCCCAGCCCCGCCAGCACCGCUACCUCCGCCAGCAUUGCCACCAUCAGCACCACCUCCACCACCACCACCACCACCAACACCACCACCACCACCACCACCGCCGGCGGCGGCAGCAGCCAUUUCAUCUCCACAGAAACCAGACACAAAAACAUGGCAGAAAUGGAGAAAGAAGGGAGACCUCCGGAAAAUAAAAGGAGCAGGAAACCGGCUCACCCAGUGAAAAGGGAGAUCAAUGAGGAAAUGAAGAACUUUGCAGAAAACACUAUGAAUGAACUCCUUGGCUGGUAUGGCUAUGAUAAGGUUGAAUUGAAAGAUGGUGAAGAUAUUGAAUUCAGGAGCUACCCUACAGACGGAGAGAGCCGGCAGCACAUUUCUGUUCUCAAAGAAAAUUCUUUGCCAAAACCCAAAUUACCCGAGGACAGUGUUAUUUCACCAUACAAUAUAAGCACAGGCUAUUCCGGGCUUGCAACAGGAAACGGACUCAGUGACUCACCUGCAGGGUCCAAGGAUCAUGGCAAUGUGCCCAUUAUUGUACCUUUAAUUCCUCCACCUUUCAUAAAGCCACCAGCAGAAGAUGAUGUGUCAAAUGUACAAAUAAUGUGUGCCUGGUGCCAGAAAGUGGGAAUCAAGCGCUAUUCCCUGAGUAUGGGAAGUGAGGUGAAAAGCUUCUGCAGCGAGAAGUGCUUUGCGGCCUGCCGACGAGCCUACUUCAAGAGAAAUAAGGCUAGAGAUGAAGAUGGACAUGCUGAAAAUUUUCCCCAGCAGCACUAUGCUAAGGAAACUCCAAGGCUUGCCUUCAAGAAUAACAGCGAACUACUUGUAUGUGACUGGUGUAAGCACAUAAGACACACAAAAGAAUACCUGGAUUUUGGGGACGGGGAACGAAGGCUUCAGUUCUGCAGUGCAAAAUGUCUCAAUCAAUACAAAAUGGACAUUUUCUACAAAGAGACACAGGCCAAUCUUCCAGCUGGGUUGUGCGGCACACUACACCCUCCCAUGGAAAAUAAAGCAGAAGGCACCGGGGUGCAGCUGCUCACUCCAGACUCUUGGAAUAUCCCUCUAACAGAUGCUCGGAGGAAGGCCCCCUCCCCGGUGGCUGCAGCUGGCCAAAGCCAGGGCCCUGGCCCAUCGUCGUCCACCACCGUCUCUCCAUCUGACACUGCCAACUGCUCUGUCACUAAAAUCCCCACGCCAGUGCCCAAGUCCAUGCCCAUCAGCGAGACGCCAAACAUCCCUCCUGUCUCCGUCCAGCCACCUGCUAGCAUCGGGCCUCCCCUCGGUGUCCCGCCUCGCAGCCCUCCCAUGGUGAUGACCAACCGCGGCCCGGUGCCGCUGCCCAUCUUCAUGGAACAACAGAUCAUGCAGCAGAUCCGCCCGCCCUUUAUUCGCGGGCCGCCGCACCACGCCUCCAACCCCAACAGUCCCCUGUCCAACCCCAUGCUCCCUGGCAUCGGGCCCCCACCCGGCGGCCCCAGGAACCUGGGCCCCACUUCCAGUCCCAUGCACCGGCCCAUGCUGUCGCCCCACAUCCAUCCCCCCAGCACCCCGACCAUGCCUGGGAACCCCCCGGGCCUGCUGCCCCCACCGCCCCCGGGCGCGCCCUUGCCCAGUCUCCCCUUCCCGCCGGUGAGCAUGAUGCCAAAUGGCCCGAUGCCCGUGCCCCAGAUGAUGAAUUUCGGGCUGCCAUCGCUCGCCCCGCUGGUGCCGCCCCCCACCUUGCUCGUGCCAUACCCCGUGAUCGUGCCCCUGCCCGUGCCCAUCCCCAUCCCUAUUCCCAUCCCUCACGUCAAUGAUUCCAAGCCCCCCAACGGAUUCUCCAGCAACGGGGAGAACUUCAUUCCGAGCGCCCCUGGCGACUCUUCGGCGUCUGGAGGCAAGCCAGGCGGACACUCCCUGUCCCCCAGGGACUCUAAGCAGGGCUCGUCCAAGUCUGCGGACUCGCCGCCCGGCUGCUCGGGCCAAGCCCUGAGCCUAGCGCCCGCGCCCGCGGAGCACGGCCGGGGCGAGGUGGUGGACCUGACGCGGCGCGCAGGCACCCCCCAGGGCGCGGGCGGCCAGCUCGGCUUCCCCGGCGUGCUGCAGGGCCCGCAGGACGGCGUCAUCGACCUGACCGUGGGCCACCGGGCCCGGCUGCACAACGUGAUCCACCGCGCGCUGCACGCGCACGUCAAGGCGGAGCGCGAGCCGGGCGCCGCAGAGCGCAGGACCUGCGGCGGCUGCAGGGACGGCCACUGCAGCCCGCCAGCCGCUGGCGACCCAGGUCCGGGCGCCCCCGCGGGCCCCGAGGCCGCCGCGGCCUGCAACGUCAUCGUGAAUGGCACGCGCGGCGCCGCCGCCGCGGCCGAGGGCGCCAAGGGCGCGGAGCCUCCGCCGGAGCAGCCCCCGCCGCCGCCGCCGCCCGCGCCCCCCAAGAAGCUGCUGUCGCCCGAGGAGCCGGCGGUGAGCGAGCUGGAGUCGGUCAAGGAGAACAACUGUGCUUCCAACUGUCACCUGGACGGGGAGGCGGCCAAAAAGCUGAUGGGGGAGGAAGCCCUGGCGGGGGGCGACAAGUCAGACCCGAACCUUAAUAACCCCGCGGACGAGGACCACGCGUAUGCUCUGCGGAUGCUGCCCAAGACGGGCUGCGUGAUCCAGCCUGUGCCAAAACCCGCGGAGAAGACUGCCAUGGCGCCGUGCAUCAUCUCCUCGCCCAUGCUCAGCGCCGGGCCGGAGGACCUGGAGCCUCCGCUCAAAAGGAGGUGCCUCCGAAUUAGAAAUCAGAAUAAGUAAAAGGAACGCUCACUCACAGGGUCCCCUGCGUGGAGAGAGGGCGCAGAGCAAACCAUGUCACGCCAUCCAAUGACACCAGCUGGUCAGCUCACCACCCCCUCUGGCUGAAACUCAAACGAAUCAAGCCGCUUCCUGUCAUUAAGCAUCUCGGAGGAAGCAGCCCUCCCUCGGUGGCCUCCAGCCCAGAGAAGCCCGCACGUCUUGGACCUACCAAGCGGCCCAGCCUUCUUGCGGCCACCGUCUCUGCUUUUUCCCCAGAGGAACUUAGGGAUUUCGCCCCUGGUUUUAGAACAACAAGACACCGACAAGCCACAAGGACCAACGUAGGUACUCUCCCCGCUCCAUCUUCGAGGCUCAGAGGGUGAGGCUGGAAGAUGAUACGAAUUUGAAAACAAACAUCUUUUUUUAGUCAUUUUAAAAACUGCUGUGGUUUUGCUGCUACACGAAGAAUUGUGAUUUUGCAUUGUACGGUUUGGGACCUGUACUGUCCACGUUUCGAAGGCGGAGAGGGAUCGUCCUGGGGUCCCAACACUUCAGCGUCGUCUCUGUCCUGCCCAGGAUGCACUUUUAAAUGAAGAGUUAGAAUAUUUUAUUGGCUGAUAUACUUUUCUUGUUAUUUUUACAAAGGCCACCUUUAUCCUUUUUAAUGCCAUAUUUUCAGUGUUACACUUUUAUGGCUUUUAAUUUUCGAUUUGACAGAUGUAAGAAGCAGCAUGAAUAGUUUAUACUGUGGUUUUUCAGAGACUGAAUGCCAAGAGAACUCGGUAAAUGUUUAUUCUUCUCAGCUUUCUCUUUAAAUUCUCCUAAAUAGCGCCCCAUUUGGGAACAGAGCAAGAGUGUUGAACUGAAGACCAAAAUGCCCUCAAGGUGUAAAACAAUCUGAGGGGGACUGUUUGCUGGGCGUCACGAAAGACUUGGAUGAAAUUUCAACCCUGAUGGUUUUCGGUGAUCCAGGAAGUCAGUGAAGCAAUCUCUCUCUACGCAGAGUCCUUUCAUGAUAAUUAGAAUGGUAUGGACGAACCAGUGGAAACAAGAGGGAAAGUGAGAAAGAUCGCCCGUGAUUCUGUUUCACUGUUUGCUUUCUCCUGUCAUGGUUAAGAGAAAUGUGCAAUUCGAUCCUCGGUCAGUGGGUGGAGGAUAACAGGGUAGAUUUUCUUGUGUGCACUUGUAUGGUCGUAGCUGCGAGUCCAGAAGUCCUCGAGAGCAUGUGUACUGACACUGAGUUGGUGAGACAGUCGUGGAGUAUCCCAUUCUGAUGAGUACAGAAAAAAAAAAAAAAAAAGAAAAAAGAAAGAAAAAAAAAGAGAAAAAAUAAGUAAAAAAUCCAAAAAAAGAAGAAAACUAAAAAAAAAAAAAAAAAAUCAAAUCACCUUGUGAUUCAGUGUAUCUGUUUACUAACUCAGAUAAAGCAAUUGUUCCCUCUUGAGGGGUCCAGGUGUCCCCCCCCCCCCGCCCCACAGGGUCGCCGGCAAGCGAGCGGGAGACAGGAGGGGCGGCAGGCAGUGUGGGGGGGCGGUUUGGGGGCGGUGAGGCCGGGACAGUGUCGCGCUGGCCUUGAAGCACCUCGGGCCCGCGGAUGCCGUGUACAUACUGUAUUUCUAUAUUCUCCUUUGUACAGAGUCACUUAACAAGUCAAGCUACUGUUUUACAGGUGCUCCUUAUUUAUUAGAGCUGUGACAGCUUGGGGGACACACCUGGCGAGCGAGCUCGCUUUUUAAAAAAUGAAAUUAGGGGACAGGGGAAGGGAGGUGGGAGGGAGGGGAAGCUCGAAAGCCCAGGGAGAGAUUUAUAAAAGAGAACAAAAGGAAAACUUCCAGCGACAAAUUAAACAAACAAACCCCAACACCAACUCCCCCCACCCCCCCAACCCCGCAGGAAGCAGCGGUCCUUCUCCUGGGUGCUCACUUCCCUGCGGGGCUCCCAACAUUCUCCUCUCUCCCUGACUGGUGUCAGCUUCAUCAAAC